UCAUGGUUACUAGUCUUUUCGUCCCCUAGUCCGUUCGUCCCCUAGUCCUUUCGUCCUCUAGUCAUGGAUGUUUCGUCCUCUAGUCAUGGAUGUUUCGUCCUCGGAGAAUACUUGUUUAUGCAGCAAUUAGUAAUGAUAGAAUAAGGUUACAGCUGUGUUACAGAAUGUGUUACAGUUCUAGAUCUUUACAAUAGAAUGGACGUAUUGUCAUUUUGUAGUCAUAUAUUUUCGGUCAAGUACCACUAUGUACGUUCACGGAUGUCCACGGCAAAUUGUUCGCAGAAGGCCAGAAUGUUGUUUGCUGUACACAGAAAGUUAUCAAAAUGUUUUUUUUUUUCAGGAUCAUGUAUUAAACUUUGAUAAAAAAAACCUUUGCUUUGUCUGUGUAUUUCACCGUAGAUAACCGAUUUUCAACUGUCGCGCGACGCUAGUCAUUCCGACCCGGCCGAGCUAAGCUCCCGAUCCGCCAUCUUGGCUGAUCACAUGAUCCACAGUCAUGUGACUUACUUAUUAUCCAAGUUGUUUGAUGACGAAAUUCUCUCGCUGUUCUCAUCUCAUUUUCUUCUUCAAGCACAAAGUGGUGACGAUUUCAACACAGAAAUCAUAUCAAACAUGAUAAAUAGAUGAUGGAAACAUACACACAUGGGUUCCCUUUAUAAUAGUAUGGAUAUUUGAACGAUGUAUGUUUUAAAUACUGCAAGUGAUCACACGUUAUAAAUUCUGCUAUUAUAUCUGUGUAGUGUAGUGUAGUGUAGUGAAGUAAACACAUUUUCAAGUGGACAGACUGCGCCGGAGGGGACUGUUUCCCGUAAACACCAUCAGAUGAAGUGCCAAGCUGGCGAUUAAAUCGACUCAUUCCUCCGACUAAAGCGAUUGUGAGCAAAUUUAAAGGCGAUAUGUCAGUCCGUUGAUGCAGCGGCAGACUGGAUUUGUUGGGCGACUAAUAAACAUGCGUUAGUAACCGUUUAAUACUACCCAUGUACUAGUUUACAAGCAGAAAAUAUAAUGUUUCCGUACAUUUUCCCAAAACGCACACUUCACCGACAACUGAUGCUAGACCGUCAUGCAUUGCAUGACCUGAGAGUUCACUUUGACUAUAGAAUACGGGGAAAGGUUGAUUUGGAAUCAAUGGAUAGAAUCAAUCAAGGAGCUUUUAAGCUCCUUGAAUCAAUGCAUUACAUGGAACUAUUACUUACACAGGGACCCUUACACAGUACUACGUAUUGAUGUGUAAUUCUGACUCAAUGUCAACAUGAAAGGCUCAAAGCAAAGAUUAAAAUACGCUGCAGUAACUCAAGGUCUACACUUUAUUUGCCCGUCAAUGUUAAGUUAGGAUCCGUUAGGUUGGGAUUAGGUUAUGAAUUGAUAAUGUAUAUGUAGAUAUAUCCCUGCAAAUACCAUAUAAAGACUUGUAAGAUACUGUACAUAUUUACAUCGCAGCAUGCUGUACAUACUAUACCUUGAUACUACAUAAAUCUCAUGACAUUGUUAAAAAUGAUAAAACAUGCAUUUACCCUUUCCCUGUCAUGCAGUUCAGACAACUCUUUGAAAUGAGUUUCAUAAGAUCACAGGCGGUUUUUUCAUUGUUGAUAUACAAUACAUCAUGAAUACAUGUUCUACAAAGAGAAUUGCGCUUGGAUUUUUAAGUUCAUAAAGACGCGCUUGCCGCCCAGACAAUCUUUCAAUUUAUGAGUCACACGCGGCCUGUCGCGUUCCUUUGUGUGCUUAAAGACAAUGACUUUCGGAAGUGAAAAGCGAAUGUCAGACAACUGUAAAUGUGUAUAUAAUAAGCGAUAUCUCAGUGUCCUGUCAUUCCUGGUUGCCAAAUUGAAAAAGCACCAUGACUGAUCCCGAGCCACCAUGCGUCGUUUGCGAGAAUCCGGUUACAGGGCGUCGACAGGCCCUGGAAUGCGAUGGAUGUGGAGCGUGGCAGCACAGACUUUGUGACACAGGCAUAUCACAGGACACUUAUCGCCAGCUCAACCGGGAGGAAAUCGAGCUCGAUUUCUUCUGCCGCAACUGUGAGAGGAACGGCCCGCCACCACUAGUGGAGCUGUUCCCGCCAGCGGCACCGGACGAGUCCUUCCAGACACAGGGCACCGACGAGUCCUUCCAGGAACAGGACAUCGACGGGUCCCUCCAGGAACAGGACAUCGACGGGUCCCUCCAGGAACAGGACAUCGACGGGUCCCUCCAGGCACAGGGCAUCGACGGGUCCUUCCACUUCCAGGCGGAUGGAUCCUUCGUGGUGCCGGACCCGAACCGCAACGUUGAGGAUGCCGUCGGGGAUAUCAGCGUGGAGGACAACCUUCCAGAGGACGAAGGAGGUGAGGUAACCUUCGAACUGAUCGAUGCUGGGACAAAGAAGGCGCGCUCGAUGCUGGCGGACAGCAACGGGUACUCCUACACACACAAGGAGACGAGGCCCUACGCCAUCUACUGGACAUGCUCCCGUAGGAAGACCGGGGACAAGUGCCCUGCCACCGUGAUAGAGAGAGCCGGAGUCUAUCGGCGGGGCAACAACAGGCAUCACCACCCGCCAGAGAUGCAUGCGGCCACCAACUUGCGAAUCAAGGCCAAGGUUCGGAAGAUGGCGGUAAGGAACCUCUUCCGUUCCGCGAACUCCAUCGUCGAGGAGGUGGUGAUGGAAGAGGUAGAUGUGCGUGCGCCGAACCCGGACCUACCGAGCAUCGCAAACAUGGUACGCAUGGCCAACAAACGCAGGCAGGAGCUGCGUCCGAAGGAUCCCACUACACUGGAGUUCGAUCUGGAAGAGCAGCACCUCCCAGAUGGGUUCCUGAAAGCGGACAUCCAAUCCGACGGGCACAGAAUGCUUGUCUUCGCCACCGAUCAGCAGCUGAAGCUGCUAUCGAGGGCGAAGACAUGGUACAUGGAUGCUACGUUCAAGGUGGUGGGGCGUCCGUUCUACCAGCUGUUCGGCAUACAUGCCUUCGUCAGGGAGGAUCAGGAGAACGAGAAACAAGUCCCCCUGGCACUGGUGUUUAUGUCCCACAAGGACAAAAAGGACUACAAGAAGGUUCUCAAGAAGAUCGUAAGACUGCUGCCGGGAGACCGAGAGCCGAAGGUGACAACCUUCGUCAUGGAUUUCGAGCAGGGGAUGUGGCAGGCAGUGCGGUCUGUGUUCCCGGGGAAGACCAGGAGAGGAUGCGCCUUCCACUGGACGCAGGCGGUCUACCGCAAGAUUCAGGAGUUAGGACUUCAGGAGGCCUAUCGGCGGCGCGAGGGAGCGCACAGGCUUCUGCGUAACUUCAUGGGCCUCUUGAUGCUGCCCCACGAGCACGUUCGACCGACUUUCGACGCUCUGUGUGAGGAGGCCGCCAACGACGCCCGCCUCGACCGCCUGACUUCCUACAUGCGGACGUAUUGGAUGGAGAGCACGGUGUGGGAGGUCAGCGAGUGGGUCGUCUUCAUGGAGCCGGUGCGGACGAACAAUGAUACCGAAGGAUGGCACAGAAGACUGAAGCAGAAGGCCAACCAGAGAGUCCACUUGCCCCUGUACUUGUUGGUGAACCUACUGAAGAGGGAAGCCGACUUUGUCAGCCUGCAAGUCCAACAGGUCUCCUUCAAGAAGCUGGGCAAGUAUCAGCGGGAGCGGGAGCGGACUACACAGGGCAAGCUGUUCAAGUACUGGCAGGAGUACAAGGAUAAGGUCAGGUCUACCUCUUCCCUGCUGAGAGCCUGCUCCAGGGUCUACGCACCCAUUCCGGAGGAGUAAGGUCAUAUUCGUUAGCGAUGUAUUUCGUAUUUGUAAAUAUUUUCACUUUUCACUUUUUUGCACUCCGACUCCGAUGAUUUAAUCUUCACAGUCUGUAAUUGUUCCUUUGUAUGUAUUGGCAAUACUUGUACAUAGUUUAAUACCGAUGUAUUUCGUAUUUGUAAAUAUGUUUUUUUCUUCUUGUCAGUACCGGCAAUCAUUUUUGUUUCACUUUUUUGCACUCCGAUGAUUUAAUCUUCAUAGUCUGUAAUUGUUCCUUUGUAUGUAUUGGCAAUACUUGUACAUAGCGUAAUACCGAUGUAUUUCGUAUUUGUAAAUAUAUUUUUUUAAAGAAAUUCUAAACGUUGUAAGUAAUAUUUUAGCGGUAUUUUUUUUUCAUCUUUGUUUCACACUUUUUGCUCAUGUUUGAUUUGAAUAUAUUGGCAAUACUUGAACAUGGCUUAAUACCGAUGUAUUUCGUAUUUGUAAAUAUGUUUUUUUUUCUUGUCAGUACAGGCAAUCAUUUUUGUUUUACUUUUUGCGCUCCGAUGAUGUAAUCUUCAUACUCUGUAAUUGUUCCUUUGUAUAUAUUGUCGAUACUUGUACAAAGAUAAAUAAAGCAAUAAAAACAUGAA